UUUUUUUAACAGUGUACCUAUGAUAUGUUUUAGAAAUAGUCUUAAACUUUGGUUUGAAAGAAGAAUGUCUGUCAGUCCAUCUGCAUUUCUUAAAAAAAAUGAAGAAAAUAAUACAGAAUUUGUGGAAACAAAACAAUCACAAGCUACUUUCAUAGCUCCAGAAGAUCCUCUUCAAAACUUAUGCUUAGCAUCUCAAGAAAUUCUUCAAAAAGCUCAGCAAAGUGGGAGGUCAAAAUGUCUCAGAUGUGGCGGCUCAAGGAUGUUCUACUGCUAUACAUGUUGUGUCCCAGUUGAAAAUGUACCUGUUGAACAGAUUCCACUUGUGAAGCUCCCUCUGAAGAUUGACAUCAUUAAACAUCCAAAUGAAACAGAUGGCAAAAGCACUGCUAUCCACGCAAAACUCUUAGCACCUGAAUUUGUAAACAUUUACACAUACCCUUGUAUUCCAGAAUAUGAAGAAAAGGAUCAUGAAGUUGCACUCAUUUUUCCUGGCCCUCAGUCCAUCUCAAUAAAAGAUAUUUCUUUUCAUCUGCAAAAAAGGAUUCAAAAUAAAGGCAAAACUGAUGACCCCAAGAGGCCAUCUUUUAAGCACAAGAAAACAGAAGAAUGGGAGAGCUGUGAUUUGAAUGACAGCAAGUGCAAAGGCCCAACCCUGAGAAAAGUGAUCUUUAUAGAUAGCACCUGGAAGCAGACGAACAAGAUCAUCACCGAUGAGCGGCUCCAGGGGUUGUUACAAGUUGAGUUGAAAACACGAAAAACGUGCUUUUGGCGCCAUCAAAAAGGAAAGCCAGAUACUUUCCUUUCUACAAUUGAAGCCAUUUACUACUUUCUAGUAGACUACCAUACUGAUAUAUUAAAAGAGAAAUAUAAAGGACAGUAUGACAAUCUUUUAUUUUUCUAUUCGUUUAUGUACCAGUUAAUAAAAAAUGCCAAAUAUGCCGGAACUAAUCAAACAACAAAACUUACCCGUUAGUUGUUUAUAAGCCACCUGUCAUUGUAUUCUGCUAAAAUUAAUA